GGAGGCUCCGGGCGGGGGCGGAAAAGUGGGCGAGGAGGCCGGGCCGCGGCCGAGGGCACCGGGCGCGCUUCCGCCGACCGCGCUGCGCCGCGCCGCGGUGAACCCACAACCGCCGAGUUUUAGGAACUGCCGGAGCGGGCGGCGGUCGGAGUCACCGAGCGGCGGGGCCUGAGCGCCGAGACUCGGGGCUGAGGCGGAGCUGCCGCCGCCGCCGCCGCCGCCGCCGCCGCCCUCGUCUAUCUGGCAGAGGCCGAGCAACCGCGGCGCGGGAGAAAAGCCGGGCCGUCCCGGGCCCGGGGACCCGCCCGCCAUGGCCACCAAGGCUCGAGUUAUGUAUGAUUUUGCUGCUGAACCUGGAAAUAAUGAACUGACAGUUAAUGAAGGAGAAAUCAUCACAAUUACAAAUCUGGAUGUUGGUGGAGGAUGGCUGGAAGGAAGAAACAGCAAAGGAGAACGAGGGCUUGUUCCCACAGACUACGUUGAAAUUUUGCCCAAUGAUGGAAAAGAUCAGUUUGCUUGUGGAAAUUCGGUAGCUGACAAAGCCUUCCUUGAUUCCCUUUCCGCAAAUAUAGCACAAGCCAAUUCAACAGCUGCCAACAGUGAUAACCAGCAGGUCAGUAGUGGCAAUGACCCUUGGUCAGCCUGGAGUGCUUCCAAAGCUGGGAACUGGGAGAACACAGAUGGCUGGGGAGCCAAACCAGAGGGUGCUGCUGCCCAGAGAAACACUUCCAAUAACUGGGACACUGCCUUCAGCCAUCCCCAGGCCUACCAAGGACCAGCAACUGGUGACGACGAUGACUGGGAUGAAGACUGGGAUGAACCCAAGUCAUCGUCUCCUUACUUUAAGGAUUCAGAGUCUGCUGAAGCAGGAGGUGCUCAGCGAGGAAACAGUCGUCCUACUGCGUCUUCCAUGAAGCUGCCGCUCAACAAGUUUCCUGGAUUUGCGAAGCCUGGAAUGGAACUGUAUUUGUUGGCGAAGCCACUAGCAAAACCCAAAGAGAAAAUUUCUAUCAUUGUUGGAGAUUAUGGCCCAAUGUGGGUUUAUCCUACCUCUACAUUUGACUGUGUGGUAGCAGAUCCCAGAAAAGGCUCCAAAAUGUAUGGUCUGAAGAGCUACAUUGAAUACCAGCUAACACCUACUAACACAAAUCGAUCUGUAAACCACAGGUACAAGCACUUUGACUGGUUAUAUGAGCGUCUCCUGGUUAAGUUCGGGUUAGCCAUUCCAAUCCCUUCUCUUCCAGACAAGCAAGUCACAGGUCGCUUCGAAGAGGAAUUUAUCAAAAUGCGCAUGGAGAGACUUCAGGCGUGGCUGACCAGGAUGUGUCGGCAUCCAGUUGUCUCAGAAAGUGAGCUUUUCCAGCAGUUCCUCAAUUUCCGAGAUGAAAAGGAAUGGAAAACUGGAAAGAGGAAGGCUGAAAAAGAUGAGCUUGUGGGAGUUAUGAUAUUUUCCACCAUGGAGCCAGAGGCACCUGACUUGGACUUAAUAGAAAUAGAGCAGAAGUGUGAUGCUGUUGGUAGAUUUACCAAAGCCAUGGACGACGGUGUGAAGGAGCUGCUGACCGUGGGGCAGGAGCACUGGAAGCGGUGCACUGGGCCAUUGCCCAAGGAAUAUCAGAAGAUAGGAAAGGCCUUGCAAAGUUUAGCAACAGUGUUUAGUUCUAGUGGUUAUCAAGGUGAAACAGAUCUCAAUGAUGCAAUAACAGAAGCAGGAAAGACUUAUGAAGAAAUUGCCAAUCUGGUGGCAGAACAGCCUAAGAAAGACCUCCAUUUCCUGAUGGAAUGCAAUCAUGAAUACAAAGGUUUCCUUGGCUGCUUCCCUGACAUUAUUGGCGCCCACAAGGGAGCAAUAGAAAAAGUGAAAGAAAGUGAUAAACUAGUUGCUGCUAGUAAAAUCACCCCACAAGACAAGCAGACCAUGGUAAAGCGAGUUGGCACGAUGUCGUAUGCACUGCAAGCUGAGAUGAAUCAUUUUCAUAGUAACCGGAUCUAUGAUUACAAUAGCGUCAUCCGCCUGUAUCUAGAGCAGCAAGUGCAGUUUUACGAAACGAUUGCGGAAAAGCUGAGGCAGGCCCUCAGCCGCUUUCCAGUUAUGUAGAACAGAACGGCACAUGAAGAAAACUCCUAAGUGCUUCUUUUCUGACUUGGGGCAAUGCAAUUUAAAAUUGUCGGGAUUUUUUUUUUUGCUCUGUAUAAUGCAAAAAAAAAAAAAAAGAAAGGGAAAAAGGAAACCAAAAAUAGAGUUGCAAAAAAUUUUAUGUUUAUUAACCAGCCCAAAUGCAUCAGUUAUUUAGGAUGGUCUUCUUUUGUUCAUUGCUACAUCCAAUAUUUAAAGCAAUGGAAAGUGUCUCUAUUUUUAUUGGAAAGUACUUCAAGUUAUCAGAAUUUUGAAUGGAAAAUUAGGGGUUUGCCCCCCCACUGGUAUUUUACAUAGAAUCUUAAUUUAUAAGUCCCCCACAAUCUUCCAGUUCUUCCCCAAUGUCAGAUAAUUACUAAUUGCUUUCUUAAAAAUAUGAAAUCUGCCAGAAUAAAAAUUAUAUAUGUUUGUAUAUUUUUAUAACUUCAGUCCUUUGGGGAUUCCUGUCUAUUUAGGAAGCUCUGCACACCUUUCACUUAAAUGUUUAUGACACAAGGGCUCAUUUUCAGGAGGUAGGAGGCACAGGGGGCCCUGGGAGCUGUCACACCCUUCUGCCGCCCAGUGAUCAGAUUGUCCACAGUCCCCUUCCUGGCUCCGCUUCCUACCCUCUAUCCUCAGGGUCAUUUUUGAUGCGUUCCUACAUGAGGACCAGUGUUCUCUCUCUUUGCACUUCCUCCUUAAUCAUGGCUAAGGCAUGUUUUGUGUAGAAAGUAGUCAGAAGAGUUAGAGGACUUUUUAAGAAACUGCUAUCCGUUGGCUUCUGUGGAUACGGCAGCCUUAACUGAUAUCUGUGCUAGCAAGCGCUGCUGGGGCAUAGCACUCCUCAUGGUUUCUUGCCCCAUUCCCUUGUUUUUAUUCUUAAGCUGUUCCAUCUGACAGAUGAGAAAUGCUGGUGAUAACAUGAUCUGCCACUUGGUUUGGCUGUGGACUAGCAGGCCAGCUGGUGUUAUCUGAAAAGACGGAAAACACAUUGUAGGCAGUAAAUCUGUCCCCUCCCCACUAAGUGGAAUAGUUGGGGACUGGUUUCCAGAUCUUGGACAAGGGUGGCAACCUGGAAAAUGUGCAGUAAUCCCAGGGCUUUUAUGUUUAGGAAAAAGGACAGUGUGAUGUUUUUCCUGACUAUAUCCUAAACUUCAGACAAACCUGUUCUGAUUACCAGUACUUUAGUUAAUGCCAUAAAGCAAAACAGAAUCUUGACACACCAUCAGCUUUAAACCUAAACACUUGCAUAUCCACAGAAUAUCUUAUCCUAGCAGACAAAUGGUUCAUCUGCCAGAGUUGCCUUACUACAUUAUCUCCGCUGCUUUCACUUUUCUGACCCAAUAAUUAUAUUAUAGAAAAUGGAAAGUCUAGGCCAACCUAAGUAAAAUGAAACCAAAAAAUAAAUAGAUGAGGAAAUCAAAUGAACAUGAAUACGAGAACAUCUUGUUCUUUAAUAUCACGGGUUUUUGAUAAUGUUUUAUAAGUAAUUUUCCCCACUUGAUUUUUUCUUUAUAAAAUCCCAUAAAACAGUGUUUAAAAUACAGCCAUUUAAUGUAUGUACAGAUUGUACAGAAUAUGUAUAAAUAUUUUACACAUGUAAGAGCAUGUAGAAGCCAACAUAUAAAUAAAUUGUUAAAAAAAAACUGUACAGUAAAUUCUCAAAGCACUUUUUCAAAACA